AUGCUAGCGCGCGUGGCUUCAAAGGAAUGGGAAGAAGCUGGAGGGAGAGCGGGAGAACCCGUUUUCAUUGACCGAGAUGGGGGCCUCUUUCGUUACGUUCUGAACUACAUGCGUACUCUCCAAGUCAACAUUCCAAUGACUGAAUCAAAGCAAGCACUUCUCAACGAGCUGGAGUAUUAUGGAUUUGAAAAUGUCGAAAGCGAAUCCAUUGUGUCCGGUACGAUUGUCGAAGCACGCAGGCUGCUUGAAAGCCUGACCGGGAACUAUCACUUUAAAUUGGACGAUUUCGAUGCUUCCAUCGCGGACGUGGAGAGAAAGAUGAAAGCUCAGAUCAAAGAGCUAGAAACGCGAAAGUGUGCCUUCAAAAUAGCGUUCAGUUUGUUUUCACGUUGGAAAGCUUCUGGAGUGGCUAAAGUGCGUUUCACGAGGGACACGGACGACUGGAAGACACUCGAAAAAUGUUGUGAUUGGGAAGGAAAGUUUACUUGCCGAGAUCUUUCCUUCAUUCAGGAGUACCUUCAAGAUUAUGGUCUCAAGGUGAUAUCUUUCAACUUCGAAGGAGGAAGAAAAGGAAGAAAAUACAAGAGCACCUUCUGUGACGUGGCGUUGGAUCACAUUAGAGGUUCGACUUCGACUAUUAAUACCAAUUGA